UGGGGAGCUUUCAGAGGCCAGGUUGCCAUGCCUUCCCAGAGGCCUGCUGGUCUCCAUGGAGACGGAUCAGGAUCGGGCUGAUAGAGGUUCUGAAAGGGGGGAUGGGGCAGAAGAACUCUUUGCUAAGAACCCAUCAACAGUCAAUUCUGGCUGCCUCUGUGGUGAAAGCUAACUACGAUGCCCGCAUCCGGGUCCCUUCGGCGCCAUCUGAACGGGCGACGGCUGCUGGACUGCUGGGGCUCCUCUCCGGAGUGCCUCUGGCCCACCAAGGUGCUUUUAGGAAUGGAGACAGUGUGCUGAUCCAGGGCCGACCUAGGGCUCGCAGUGAAGGGAACCUCAGGAAGAAAGAUGCAUCCUACAAAGGCAAGAAGGGAAAUGUGCCUUCUGAGGCCGAAGACCUCGUCCUGCCUCCGCCUCGGAAGCCCUCCUUCCCAUUCCAGUGGGCCUGGGAGAGCUUCCUGGUGGAUGGCCGGAGCCUGCCCCUGCCCCCUCCCGCCGCUUCCCACCAGUCCGGGCAGCCCAAGAAGGGCCAGGCCUCAGCCCUGCCACCUGCCAGGGCCCCCCGGAAGUCACGCUGGAAGGCUGUGCCCCCCUCUCCCCAGCCAGCCACCUUCCCGCUCUACUGGAAAAUGGAGGCCCGGUGUCAGGACAGAAAAAGGCAGCUGAAGCCCUGGAUUCAGCCUGAAAUGGACAGCCAGGAGAGCCAGGACAGCCUGGAACAGGAAGGGCAGGAAGGGCAGGAAGACCAGGACGAGAGGGAGGAGGAGGGGCUCGAGGGCAGGAGGGAUUUCAGCCUCUGGUCCGCUUUCUCAUCUCCCAAGACAAGGAGCAGAGCGGAGGAGAGGAGCCAGCUCCGGAAGUGGAAGGCCCUGCAUCUGGCUGGCUUCGCCCUCCUCAGAGGAUUCCAGAGGAGACUGGCAAAGUCCAAGGACCUGCAGAAGGUGUACAACCUGGAGGCUCUGCAGCAACAUCUGCAGGAGGAGGCCGAGGAGCUGGGCCUCUACCCCGCCCAGUGGCCCCCCCAGGACACUGCUCACACGCGGGCCGAGAAGUUCCAGGCUGGCGAAGAGGAGAAGCUGACCAGCAACAACACCAGAACCUCCCAAAAGCGCCGAGAGGUCACCAGGGCCCUGAUGCUGGACUGGGAACGGCACAAGCAGGAGGAGCAAGCCAGGGCAGAGCAGCGCCGAGCUCAGGAGCAGCGGGUCCAGAAGCAGGUGGCUCGGUGCCUGGCAGCCUACGGGCCUUCCAGAUCCAAGGGGGGGGUGUCCCACCGCAAGCUGGAGGAGCUCAGGCAGCAGGAGAAGGAGCGCCUGGCCGAGUACCAGAAUGAGCUUCAGGGCAUCUAUCAGCGGGUGCAGAACCGCCCCUUCCUCUUCCAGCAGACCAUGCAAGCCAAUGCCCGGCUCUCGGUGAACAGGCGCUUCUCCCAGGUGCUGUCAGCCCUGGGUUUGGAUGAGGAGCAGGUAUUGGCUGAAGCAGUGAAGGAUGAGAUUGAGGAAAUCCCCUUGAAAUACAGGUCCUCAAAGGCCAGGAAGUUGGGCAGGAUCCGAGUGGAGCAGCCUUAUUGGGACAUGGAAUGAACAGCUGCAAGCUGCCCAAAGUCUUCAAGCCGAGUACAGGAGGGGAGUUGCCCAGGGCCCGGGGUUAAAUGGGAAAGAGGGACAGAGGGAAAAAUGAAAUUAUUGUAUUUAAGCCCAGCGUCUGCUUUCCUGCCCAACCAGAGUCCUUGGGGGCUUGGGGGUCUACAGGGGGAAGUGAGCAGAAAUGACAGGUGACUGAUGGCGAGGGAGCCAUGUGGCAAGGAUAAUCUCAAUGGCCCUUAGCCCUCUGGCCCCCGUUCCCGUGGAAUCCAGAAGUCCCUCACCCCAACUUAGUCACAGAGAUCUCAGGCUUCAAAUCCUAUAGGGAAGGAGAGGCUCCUCUAUGGUUUAUAAAAGAAGAAACUGAGGUACAUGGAGGCAAAGGGAUCUGGUACUGCAUUAUAGGAAAAUAAGACGGUUCCAUAAAAAGGCAUUUAAGAAAAAAAGGCAAUGUAGGGGGAUAGUGAACUUCAUCGAACCAUACGAAUUCGUGUAUUAACUUGAAGUGUGUGUGUGUGGGGGGGGGGGUACCAAGAAGACAGCAAAUAAAGUCGUUGCUUUACUAACGAAGGGUUAAAAAGGAACCACACAGAACCCGAUCAGGGCAUACAGGCAUAUAAAAAUGGGAGUCAGGAAGGCCUGGGGUCCAUUCUCACUUCAGACUAGUUCUGUGAGUUUGGGUAAAUCUGUUAAAGCAGAGGAUUGGUCCCCUUCUGGUUCCAAAUGAAUGAUCUGAAGUGAAGGUCUUUUACCAGCCAGCGGGAUCAGGGAAGACUUUUUGAGGGAUGUGGGGAUUUAACUUGGGCUUAAAAGGUCAGGAUUCUCCCUGAUCCUUUACAGGUGAAAGGUGGGCGGGCUGGUGUUCAGCAAAGGAACAUGAAGACAUAAACAGUGGAAAGCACUGUAUGGAGGUGAGAUCUUGCAGGCCCAAAGGAUUAUUUAUACAAAUCAUAGAAUCCUAGCUCACUCCUGGAACACUCCAGAGGAGAAAGUGAGACUGGCGGCUUUGCCCAGCCCUGCCGCGCUUCAGUUCAGUCCACUAAUAUGUCAUGGUACCACCUCCCGGUGUCAUAGUUUCCUUCAAGAACAAAGAACAAGCCACAAAAAUCUCUUCGGAGGCCGCCUCAUCUAAAAUUCUGAGGGGAAAAUGAGGCCCACAGAGAUCAAGUGAUUUGCCAAAAGACCCCGAGAAGUAACAUCAAGACAACUGGACAUGGCCCUGGGCACAGUGGGAGUUUGGGACAGACAACCACUAAGAAAAAAAUAUAUAUCUUUUAUACAUAGGAAGUCAUGCAAAACAUCCACAGUAGCUACUCCCAACAUAUUAAUGAUGUUGCUAGUAGACAGUAUCUAUCCUCACAUCUUCCUCCAAUGUCUAAAUCUGGGGAGGAGGUAACCAGGGCAAAGCUCCAAUUGUGGUAGGGCGCUGAGAUUUUGACCUUGGAGCUAAAUUUAUACCCACCGAACUUGGCAGCCAGCUAACGGGAACUACAAAAUGUUAUUAAAUGAUUGGUUAAAACAAGAUUACGGAUGGGGAAUGGUUCCAAUCCUCCCUGAACUGAGGGCAGGCUUCGUGAAGCUGAUCUUAGCAUUGUAUCCACUGGCCAGUUCUGCUGGGCUGGGAAGUAUCAGACUUCACUGAUACUUGAAACAAUGCACUGAUUCAAUACAAUGUGAUAGCAGACUUUAUUGCUGGUGCAAAGGGCAGUCCCAGAAGGUUCUGAGAGGAAGUGAGAUCUUUGGCCACAGGACUCUGAAUCUACCUUCCUGGACCCCAGAAGAGCAAAUCUAGGGCUCGC